CUCUAGGUCAACGAGACGUCAGUUGGCAGUGGGACGCAGGUCAGAGCUUUCAGUUAACCUCCGGGGUCCUCUCUGCUCAACAUGCGACACACUCUAGCUUACCUCAGUGGCCUCAGUGCCCUCCUGCUACCGGUGCUGGCCAGGCCGGCGGCCCUCGGAGAGGCGAGAAUCCUGGAGCGACAAGACCAGCUCGAUGAUGAGUACGACUACAUCAUUGUGGGAGCCGGAACGGCUGGUCUCACGGUUGCGAACAGACUACUACUGACACCCCGAACAGUUUCGGACGAGGUCAUCGAAGCCGGCAACGGCCGCAACUUCAACGACCCCGGCAUCCAGUAUAACAUCACGUCUGUGCCUCAGCCCGACAUGAACAACAGGCGUCAGUUUGUCUGGAUUGGAUGCUGCGUUGGCGGUAGUUCGGCCAUCAACGGCAUGGUCGCCGUCCGCGGCACCAGGACCGAGUACGAUGCCUGGGCUGAGCUCGGAGGGCCUAAUUCGACUUGGACUUGGGAUGGUGUGCUGCCAUACUUCAAGAGGGCCAUGCACUUUACACCCCCUGAAGAGCGGUUGGCCGAGGCUUUCAACAUCACCUGGGACCCCAAUGCAUGGGGCCAAGACGAGGACACCAAGGUCUACGCCUCUUUCCCUAAUUACCAGAACCCUCGGUUGAUUCCCAUGUACAAUGCCAUGGCUAAAAUGCCUCGAAUGGAUAUUCCCCUGGACGGAGCUGGAGGCGAGAACGGCCUAUACUGGUACCCUUCGUCCUUGGACCCGGACACGUACAGGCGUUCGUACGCCCGGACGGGCCACUACGACGAGCAGAUCCAACGCGAUAACUACCACCUUAUCACGCGACAGAAGGUUCGGAAGGUGCUGUUCGAAUGCGAUGAAACCACGGCAUGGGGCGUCGAGUUCUUCUCCCGCGACGAUCCCGAGGAGGUGGUCAGCGUGAGGGCCAGGAAAGAGGUCAUCAUCUCAGCCGGCACCGUCCACACGCCCCAGAUCCUCCAGCUCAGCGGCAUCGGACCGAGGCCUCUGCUGGAAGAAGCCGGCAUCCCCGUCAACGUCGAGCUCCCCGGCGUGGGGCAAAACUUCCAAGACCACGCCUACCUCAGCGUGGGGUACACCUGGGGCAACGGAGUCGGCCCCCCCGUCCCAGACAUCCCCCAACUCGGCAACCCCAGCUCCGUAUCAGGGCCUAACCUCGGCGCCUGGAUCGGACUCCCCACCAUGACCGAGGACUUCGAGGACAUGGCGGCCCGCUACGAAGCCCAGGAUCCGGCUCAAUACCUCCCGGAGGGGGCGGACCCGACCGUCGUCGCCGGGUACGCCGAGUUCCAGCGCGUCCACGCCAAGCUGCUGCGGAGCAAGAACACCAACCUCAUGUGGUUCCCGCUCAACGGAGGGGCGGGCGGCAUCGUGAUGAGCAUGCACAUCGUCAGCCACGGCACCAUCAACAUCAACGUCACGGACCCGGAGGCGAGCCCCGUCGUCGACUACCGCGCGCUCAGCAACCCCACCGACAUGGACAUCAUGGUCGAGAACAUCGAGUACAUGCGCAAGUACAUGGCCAGCCCGGACUUUGCGCCGUACGGGCCCCGCGAGACGAACCCGGGCGCCGGUGUCACGGGCGAGGCCCUGCGCGCGUGGAUCCGGCAGACGUAUAUCCCUACCAACUUCCACCCCAUUGCCACGGCUGCCAAGAAGCCCAAGGAGUUGGGCGGUGUGGUGGACGAGGAGUUGCGCGUGCAUGGGACGUCCAAGUUGCGGGUCGUUGAUGGGAGUAUCAUGCCUUUGUUGCCGGGCGCCAAUACCCAGCAGCCGGUGUACAUGGUCGCAGAGAAGGUGAGCAUCCCCUUACGAGCGAACUUGGAUAAAAAGGGGGCCAUACUGACACUUUACUUACACCAGGCUGUCGACUUUAUCAAGGCGGCUCAGUGAAUGCUAUGGGAGAUAACCUAGCUGAGGAU